AUGGGUAACAUUUUAACUUCUGCCAUUAACAAGCCCAUACCCGAGACCUCGUCGAGAUGUCUGACCGAGUGUGUCACUGCCGCCCACAACUUCGAGGUGGUUAAGUACUCGUUGCUGGAGGGCAUCGGUGCCGGCCAGUUUGUUUGGUCGAGCAAAUUCAGCGUCAGCGGCUACGACUGGAAAAUCAAGAUCUACCCUGACGGGGAAGCCAAGGAAAACAAAGCUGCCUACAUGUCGGCCUACUUGUGUUUCUGCAGUGGAGCAACAAGGGAUGUGAAGGUGAAGUUCACUUUUAGUUUAUUGGAGAAAGAUGGAAAAUCCAGUAAUUUAAAGGAUGGCACAUAUACCUUUUCAUCGGCAGGCACCGGUUGGGGCUGGACCAAGUUUAUUGACAAGUCCAAGCUGAAGGAACUGCUAUCCCGCAACGACGACUGCUUCACAAUCAGGUGUGUUUUGACCAUCAUAAAAGACCAUCACACGGAACAAGUUAACACAGUCACGGUCCCAGUCCCACAGUCAGACCUGCACACGCACUUUGCAAAAAUGUUGAAGGACGGAGAAGGCGUGGACGUGACAUUCAGUGUCGGCAACCAACGCUUCGGUGCACAUAGAUACGUGUUAGCCGCACGAUCAUCCGUCUUCAAAGCCAAGCUCUUUGAUCAAAUGAAGGAGACCACUACAAAACAUGUCAAGAUCAAUGGCAUGGAGCCUGCCAUCUUCGAUGCACUUCUUUACUUCAUAUACACAGAUUCCCUGCCAAGCAAUUUCGAUGCUGAUCAAAAUGUGGCAUUGCAGCACUUGUUUGUCGCUGCAGAUCGGUAUGGACUCGACAGGCUAAAGGCUAUUUGUGAAGAGAAGCUCUGCCAGAAAUUUGAUGUGCAAACAGUUGCAACCACACUUGCUUUAGCAGAGCAGCACCAUUCCUUGCAACUCAAAAAAGCUUGUCUUGGAUACCUGUCUUUGCAGGACGUGCUUCGAGCUGUCAAGAAGACGGAUGGAUUCGAGCACCUCACAACCAGCUGCCCAUCGAUUAUGAUGGACAUAUUAGACAAGGUCGCCCCAACAUCACAAGUAUGAGCAGUACAGCUCAGAAUUUAGAUUCAAGUAUGCAGUUCUAGUCGUACCCAUCGAUUUUUUAUCAUCUGCCUGGUGUGUCCAUUGGAAGACUGAACUUCUCUUCGGGAAUGUGUGCUUUGUGCUCUGAACUUAUUGGUGUUAAAAAUUCUAAGGAAAUUCACAUGGUUCUUUCUUUC